CGCACGGUGUUUCUGAACCAGUCAACCCAAUCUUACAAUAAUCCUCUGGGGAUGUCGCAUUCUUUGGAGUCGGUCCAGGUGGGUUCCUGCGGCUCGCCGUCGAGUUGGUCGACGUGAGCUUGCUUCGAUGCACUUGGAUGAACUUGCAUGGUGAGCCCGCAGUCAAAUAUCGAUUCAAAAAUUUACUUGGAUUUACCAUUCCGUCGGUAGCGUGAAGUUGCAGAACUUAUCGCGUCUUUCCUGGUGUGUCAACUCGUUCAUCGAAUAUUUCGCCAGAAGUAUUCUUAGGCUAGAGAGGCUCACCCCUGCAGCGAUCGCAGCAGAAUUGUUUAGUGUCGAUGAGGGAUAUUGACGGAAACUCUACACUUUGGCUGAAUUUUCACUCCUGGAACUAUCACCUCGUAGCAGAUACUUCUAUAGCGGUUUUGUACGAACUGGUCGAGAUACUCGUCCUUGAUCGAUUUAGAUUGUUGUCUCGAAGCGAGGGAUUAUUAACUUUUGGUUCCGUAGUCUGCGGAGGAGACUACCGAUUGAGUAGGGGUUCAGGGAUUUGAGUACAAGGCACCAAAGCAGCUCUAAGAUUCACUUGCAGCAGUAUUGCGAAAUAGGGAAAUUGCGCAGUCCGUUUUAACAAGUGUAGGUUAAUAACUCCGAAUUCACUGACGAGGAGGCUAUCGAAUUCAACGAAGAAGAGCUUUGGAGUCUGUGAUAUUACAACAGGCAGGGUGUUGCGCCAGGGUCUCUGCUAGCCUCUCCGAAAUGACUUCACUGGGUCCAAUUUAAUGGCUUGCAUAAGAUUUCCAAUUACUAGCUCUCUGGAUUGUUUGUGGAGCACCCCGGCGUCGUUGCAGCGCGGUUAUAGACGACUGCUGUUUCUACUCAGAUCGAGUUCAAAUGUGGAAACGAUCCAAGAGCGCAAACAGGCCGUCACAAUGUUGCAAGGACCACGGGAUACGAAAGAGUUGUUUUUUGCUCGCGAUUACUUUAUUCGUAAUUUGCGCUGUCUCAGGGUUCAGUUUCUAUCGUCACCACUCGGGAAGGGAGACAGAGGGCUCUCGCAAGAUCUCAACUGUGUCAUACUUUCCUUACCUCCGUCUCAACAAGCAGUCACUCGAAACCAACGUCGCAGGCGAGGAGACUCCUCUAACAGGUUCGGAAUUAGAUGAAGCGUCGGAGUCCGACGUUGCGUCAUUCUUGGAGUCAUUCGACGUCGGCAGUCAGGGUGAUUCCGAGGAUGAAGUCCAAGGCUGCAACUACUGGCAAGCUGAGCUCAAAGUUUACAUGUAUGACCUGAGUUCCGAGUUUCAUUAUGGCUUGAUUCCAGGGUACGAAGUGGAAAAGGGUCAGUACUGGCCCCGCAAUGGCUCGGAGAUUCCGGAGUACCCCGGGGGGCUGUACCAGCAGCACAGCCCUGAGCAUUGGCUCACCUCGGACUUGCUCACAUCAAACAUGGCAGAUCGUAAUACCGCCUGUACUGCUUUCCGUGUAGCGGAUUGGCGGGAUGCUGAUGUAAUAUUCGUGCCGUUCUUCGCCUCCCUGAGCUACAACCGGUUCGGGAAAGCCUCAGAGGAGAAGCGCUUGACUGAUCUGAUCAAAGACCAGAACGAUGUGCUUCAGCUCAAGUUAGUGAAGUUUUUGGAGGAACAGCCCGCAUGGAAAGCUUCUGGUGGGAGAGACCAUGUGUUUGUGAUCCACCAUCCGAACAGCAUGCAGGCGACGCGGAACCGGCUUCGGAAUUCGCUCUUCAUUGUCUCAGAUUUUGGCCGCUACGACAGCGAAGUAGCCAACAUCCAGAAGGAUGUAGUGGCGCCUUACAAGCAUGUGAUUCCCACUUUUGAUUUCGAUGAUUCCUCCUUCCACACGAGGAAAAUUCUGCUAUUCUUCCAGGGCGCGAUUGUGCGUAAAGAGGGCGGCAAGAUACGCCACGAGCUUUACCGUCUUCUGAAGGACAAACCUGGGGUGCGUUUCACUACAGGUAACACAGCCCUCGACGGUUUUCAAAGCGCCACGAUUGGGAUGAGGUCGUCCAAGUUCUGUCUUAACAUGGCGGGUGACACGCCUUCAUCGAACCGGUUAUUUGACUCCAUUGUCAGCCAUUGCGUUCCGGUGAUCAUUAGCGAUGACAUCGAGUUGCCCUUCGAGGACACCCUUGACUACUCCAACUUCUGCAUCUUCAUCAACUCCUCGCUAGCGCUCAAACCCGGCUACGUCAUCAACAUGCUUCGGAAUGUGAGCGAGGAAGAGUGGACACAGCUAUGGAAUCAGCUGCUGCUCGUCGAGCACCACUUCGAGUACCAGCAUCCGACUCGAAAGAACGACGCCGUGAAUAUGGUGUGGAAGGACAUCGCCCGGAAGCUCCCUGCAAUCAACCUCGCAAUCAACAGACAGCGGCGGUAUGUGCCGAAGCCACCAGGGUUCCCGUACCACAAAUUGCCAUGAUAUCGAGAAAAAACAGGAAAAAAUGCGAAAUUUAAGUUAAAGUUGUGAAACUUAGGUACUUAAAUUUUACAGGGCGAUGGGUUGGUGACAGUUUAUCAACUGGCCCCAAUUUGGGGUGGGAGAGCUUUACGAGGAUGCGUGUAGAUUCAAUUUCAGAUGCUCACAAAGUGGGCGCAAAUACAUAGAGGAGAUUGCGGACGACACCAUCAACCACUUUCCUGUCGAGACGCUCCAUUGAGUGCAAAAUUUGAAGGGCUACAGUAGAUCACGACAUUGAUUCGUUUUACACUAGAGUCUGAACUAGUGCACAUCUUCGAUGCUAUUAUGUAAAUCUCAAGCUUAGAUGCAAUAGAAUUGUUAGAAGCGCAUUUUCGUUCCAGUUCAACUCAAGGGUGUGAUCUCGGAUGCUUAUAUUUCUACACAUCUAAUGAGCUUACAGUCCCUGCUACAUGCACGUUUUUCGCAAA